ACUGUUUUCUCUACAGGUAGAUUCAGAGUUUCUAGGUGUGGUGGAAAGAAACAUUCCACUCCAGAGACAAAGAAGAACUACAUUCAUCAUGGCUUCUUUGUGGGAUGAUUUGGAAAGUCUUGUGGAUUCGCCGACAUCUUCUGCUGCAGAAAGCAAACAGAGAGGAACCAUCAAGCCUAAAGCAAACUUUGAUGCAGAAAAAGACGCUGCAGCUCUGAAGGACGCCAUUGAAGGACUCGGGACAAAUGAGAAAGUCCUGAUUGAAAUCUUGACACAAAGAAGCAACGAUCAGAGGCAGCUAAUCUGCAGAGCGUAUGAAAAAGACACCGGCAGAACGCUGGAGAAAGACCUGAAAGGCGACACGGGCAGAGACUUUGAGGAGCUGCUGCUGGCGCUCAUCACUCCCCCUGCAGCGUACGACUGCCACGAAGUCACCCGAGCCAUGAAAGGAGCUGGUACAAAAGACUCCGUCCUGAUUGAAAUCUUUGCCUCCAGGUCCAAGCAGCAAAUCAAAGCUCUCAAAGACGUUUACCUAAAAGAAACAGAGAAGGACCUGAUUAAGAAGUUGGAGAGUGAAGUUUCUGGAGAUUUUUCCAGAGCGCUUCUUCUUCUGGCAAAGGGUGAGAGGGACGACAGCAGCUCUGUAGAUGUAGGAAAAGCGAAGGAAGACGCCGAGACACUUUACAAAGCCGGGGAGAAGAAGUGGGGCACAGACGAGUCCAAGUUCAUUGAGAUCCUCUGCAAAAGGAGCAUACCUCAGCUCAGGCAGACUCUGGUCGAAUACAAGAACAUCAGCGGGAAAACGCUGCAGCAGAGCAUUGAAGGAGAAAUGUCUGGAGAACUGGAGGAGCUGCUGGUGGCCGUUGUGAAAUGUGCAAAGAGUUUACCGGCGUAUUUUGCAGAACUUCUGCAUGAGAGCAUGAAGGGCGGUGGCACCGAUGAGUCCACUCUGACCCGGAUCAUGGUGAGCCGGUCUGAGAUCGACCUGCUGGACAUCAGAGCAGAGUUCAAGAAACUCUACGAACACUCUCUGCUGUCCGACAUCGAGUCCGACGUGUCGGGCGAGUACGGCGACUGCCUGAAGGCCAUCUGUGGAGGAGACGACUGACGUCGUCCGUCUGAAGACAAAAAUAGAUCUGUUUCUUUCAUCCUGUUGGCUUUCUGCCCUUCUCUUCUCACUGAUGUUUAAUUCAUCCGUUAAUUAUAAAUAAGUUAAUUUAGUUUCAGCUCUAAAAGGUGUCAUAUUAAGACUGAAAACUCAAACAUCAAAUCAGGAUUCAAGUUUUAUAUUUAAAUUGUAAACUACUCUAAAUUGAUACGACUUUUAAAACAUAAGUUUCUUAUCAAUACUUCUUCUAAUUAAACAAAUCAACUUAUGGAGAACUUCUGUAUGAAAGCAAAUACAUUUUGACAAGGAUGUCUUUAACUUUAAGAGGAGUUUUUAAAGUUGGUUUAAAACUUUCCCAGUUUUUUUUUUUUUUUGUUUGUCUUUUCA